GUGUGUCUGUCCAGCAGGGGGACACGGAGGAAGGGAGCUGGUGAUGUCAGACAUCAUUAGCAUAUUUCUGACUAUAUCUAAUCCUUGCGCAAAGACGCGCCACUACUGCUGCAACGCAACCGACCAGAGAUCUUCCAGCCGCCAGACGACUCCUUGAUCUGCAACCAUGAGCGACAAGCCCGACAUUUCAGAGGUGACCAGCUUCGACAAGUCCAAGCUGAAGAAGACAGAGACGCAGGAGAAGAAUCCCCUUCCUACAAAAGAAAUCAUCGAACAGGAGAAGGCGGACACCUCGUGAAGGCCCACCCUCCCGUCAUGCACUGUACACCCCCUCCUCCCGCAUUGCCUUGUUUUCAGUCACUUCUUUUAGCUGUAUAACCUUGUAACUGAAAUUAUGAAACGACAACAAUAACCAAGCUGCACAGCCUGCGGACGGAUGAUGCCUUCGUCAGGGCGGUCAGCCCCAUCCCUUCGACGAUUACCACCUUAACCACGUUCACGCUUGUCUUUCCGUUGAGGGGAGAUGAGGAGGAUUUGUUUGUUGAAGUCGAAAGGGGAAGGGAGGGGGCUGCAGAAAGGUGCACGUCUCUUCUUUCAACACCUUGAAAACCACCGACCAUCAAUCAACGUGCAGCAGAGAGAGGCCGAAGCGACGAGGGCGUGGCCUUCGUCCCAGGAAGCUCAUCAUCGUCUCACCACCGACACCCAUCUUCCUGUGUGGCUGCUUUUGCGCCAAAGCUGAGGCGUCAAGCUUUUUUUUUUUUUCAGUUUUUUCGUCUUCUAAUUUUCGGAAAAUGCACAACUUUGUUUGUACGCUGGCCAAAAUGUAAAUGCCCCAAAAAAAUGAUACUGUUGUCUAUCACAAUGUUUUUUUGUUUUUUUUUGUAUGUACACAAGGAUAAAAAAGUGUAACGGAUUCCAUCUAGAUCUGGGAGAUGCUCAAAUGGACCUUUUUAUUUACGGUUAAAUUGUAACGCCCUUUCAUAGAGUGAUUCAGGAUAAUCUUUGUCUUUGAAUUGUCUCAAAUGAGGAAAAGGAAACCAACAAAACAUACCAGUAAUUGAUCCAAUGUGUUUGCUUUGAAAGGUAGAUCAAAAUUCUUUGGAGUUCCAGCAGUCAUGUUAAUCUGCCACAAAACCAUUACCAGAAAUGGAAAACCGUGAAAUGUUGUAAUAAAAAAGAAUUUGUUACUAAAGAA